UUAGAAAAGGACGGGCUUAAUCUGGUAAUAAAACUGGAGUUGCGUAUUUAUCGUUUUGACCCCACAGAGGACUGCACGUCCCAGAAUCACUUUAAAUCAUAUUGAUUUCAUAGGAUUGCAGUUGUCGGAGAGAUGUUGUGAAUAGGACAUAUUUCUUUAAUUUCAUAUUAUCAAAUAGUUACUAAAGGUUGCAUUCUCAAAUCUAAGUAUGGGUCUGCAGACUGUGUUCCGUGCUGUGAUCAUGGGGGCCCCGGGCUCAGGGAAGGGGACCGUGUCUAGUCGGAUAGCGCAGAGUUUCGGACUAAAGCAUCUCUCCAGCGGGGACAUGCUACGGGCCAAUAUCGAGGCGAAGACGGAUUUGGGUCUUCUGAUGAAGUCAUGUAUCGAUCAGGGUCAGCUGGUUCCUGAUGAUGUCAUCUCUCGUCUCAUCCUGUCCAAUCUGAGGGGUAUAGAGCAGACCAGCUGGCUGCUAGACGGAUUUCCUCGUACCGUGGCUCAGGCCGAGGCCCUGGACGCAGUGUGUGAUGUGGACUCUGUUAUAAACCUAGACGUGCCUUUCCAGACCAUCAGAGAGCGUCUGACAUCUCGCUGGGUGCACCUUCCCAGCGGCAGGGUCUAUAAUAUAGACUUCAACCCACCGAAGAAGCCAGGUCUUGAUGAUGUCACAGGAGAGCCGCUGGUCCAGAGAGACGACGACAGUCCCGAAACUGUCUCCAGGAGACUAAAGGACUAUGAGAGACAGACACAACCAGUUCUAGAGUAUUACAGGAGUAAAGGAGUGUUGGAGACAUUCACAGGAACUGAAACCAACAAGAUAUGGCCUCACGUUCAUGCCUUCCUGACCAGGAAAAUCCCAGGAACCCAGCAAGCUAUGGGAAAAGCAUGAUUCUACAACAACUGAAGUACACUGUCUGAAGCAAGCACAAUGCACCUCUGUGGCCUUAAGCAGUCUACUGUACUGUAUUUGGAGUAACAUGCUGAAGCCUUUGGUGCUGCCAUCUGGUUUUAUGCCUUUGUGAGAAAGUUAGUGGCAAUCUAAAGGUUUAUGGUCAAACCAGCCUUCUGAGCUUUAGUGCUGCACCUUAAGCAAACAAACUAGCUUAGACUGUCAUAGCGGUAGGCAUGCUAAGAUUAAUAGCUGACUCUUCCCACUUGGUAGAAGUGCCCAAACCGUAAGAAUGUUUUCUUUUAACUGAAGUGGCUCCAAAAUAUUCCUGUUUAUUAUCCAUAAUAGUAUUUUAAUGUUAUUGAAAUCUCAUGCUAGAGAAGUAUUUAAACAUUUCUCAGAUGAAUGCAGUGCAAAAAUAUGAUUCAAACCUGAUUUUGACUACCCAUUUUGUGUGAACCACUGUGGCCUUAAUUAGCAAAUACAGUCCGAUUAUGAGUCUGAUGAUUGCAAAGCAAUGUUUAAUUGUAGAUUAAUUGAAUUAAUAGUGUUAGCAGAGUUAAUAUUUUUUAGCAUAUACAAAAUAGUGUUAUAUUUUGAAUAAUUUUUUAAUUAAGAAAGGUUUGUACAAUGCUAUAAUUAAUAAAGGGAAAGAAAUUUUAUGUCAUCAAAAUGUUAAUGUUUUAUAAGGCUUUUGUAUUGAUAAACCACUAUUGUGUGGUUAUGGAGUCCUUAAUCACAAAUUAAGUGCAAAGUAUUAAAUCACUUGCUUAUGCAUUUAAUGGCACAGUUUGCAAAUCACUAUAUAAAUUGUAAUGACUGAGAACCCUGCUAUUGAAUAAUGGAUAAAUUAUUUAAUGUAAUGUAAUGAAUGUCAUUUCAGAAAGCAGGUAGAGAAUUCUUUGAAACAACUGCAAUAAACAAUGAAGCUUGA